AUGACAAAACCUUUAAUCAUUUAUUAUAGUAAUAUUAAAUCUCUUUCAGGUGAAAUUGCUCAUAAACUUGCAUUAGCUGUACAUGGUGAUAUUUAUGAAGUUAAAACUCCAAAACUCUAUUACAGAUCACAAUUAAAUCGUGAUGGAACCAAUAAAAUUAGUAAAAUUCCUAUUAUUUAUGAUGCUUUAGAUUUUACUCCUUAUAAUCCUAUUUAUAUAGUUGGUGAAACUUCAGGAAAAUAUGUUAUAGGUCCAAUUCGUUCAUGGAUGGAACAAAAUAAAUCAAUAUUAACUGGUAGUGAAAAAGAAUUUGUCUAUUGUAUUUUUGGGAGAAAACCAGAUCGUUCAAUUAAAUCUAUGAAAGCUAUUCUAGGACAACCACGAGAUAUCAUUAUGAUUGACACAUUUGAAUAUCCAUUAGAUCUUCAUACUUUUCUUCAUCCUUCUCUUCCUACAACUAAGAAAAACGAACCUUUUAAACUAAAACUCCAACAUUUUAUUCAUUCUUAA